AUGACAAAAGCGAGGGCAGCUAAAUUGCGCGCUCGCCGAAUUAAGGCGAAUGCGCGCGAACGAAACAGAAUGCACGGGUUAAAUGACGCGCUGGAUCGCCUUAGAAAACAUGUGCCUUGCUACUCAAAAACACAGAAGCUUUCCAAAAUUGAAACUCUACGAUUGGCUCGCAACUACAUCGGAGCUCUGGCUGACGUUUUGAAACGAGGGGAACGACCGGCCCCCUUGCAAUUCGCGAAGGCCCUCUCUAGUGGUCUCUCACAAAAUACUGUCAAUUUAGUAGCUGGAAGUUUGCAAAUUAAUCCACGUGCACUGAUGACGGAGGCUGGGUUUUUUCCACCUGCCAUUCCUUCUCAGUUUCCAUUCCAU